UCGACGGCUACUGUGAUCUUAUGGCCAACAGGCUACAGUCCACCAUGAACAGCCUUCGGCAUCUGCAGUUUCUUGGAUCUACUUUUCCCUGUCUGGGGCAGUCACUGGACAUGAUUGAUUGACACUUUUCACCAUGGCCCCAUUCGUUGGAUGUCCCAAGUGUGUGCAAUCCCCAAAAGGCUCUCAAAGCUUGGACUUGGACAUGUGCCACCUUCUUGAAACUUGCUUUGAUAACCUUGGGGUCAUGACUGACCCCACCAAAAGAAUGAACGUCAAAGCAGAUGCUCUCUCUCACUGAUGUUAGUUUUAACUCCCUGUUGCUGAUCUAAAGAAUCCAAUGAUAGCAGACCUCGUGCAUGAUUCUCUGUCAUCCGCAUGAAUUAACAAAGGAAGAACCACUCCCAGCAUGCACGACAAAGGAUUAUACAUUAACAAACUCCAUCUCAGUAUCCUCAGCAGCAAAUUUCCAACCCCACCACUUUGGUAAUAGAGAAGAGAGGACGGUAGAGACAGGAAAGAGAAAGGGAGCUUUCCGACAACAUCUACCUUCCCUCGACUCAUUAUCCAUUCCUUCCACUUAAGCUUGGAAGCAACUGAGAGAAGCAGGGGAUGCAAGGAAGCAGUAGGAGAGUCUCAACAAGAAACACUAAGUCGAGGAUGGAUGAAGCUAGAAGCGGAAUCAAGGUCAUGGCCGACGCAAAGAUACACAAACACGAUAGCAGUGCGGGCCUCCGGAGGCUGACGAGAAACCAAAGUGACAGUGUCGCCUUCGAGAGGAAAAAAAGAAGCAAUUGUCCACCAUCGGACAAGGAGGAGAAUGGUUUGAUUGGUAGAAGUCCGGUCAAGCUCCGAAAGACCCAGUCGGACUUGUCGAACUCUCCCAAGACUCCGGUUGGGAAUUCGCUCAACAUCGGAGGGGAGGAAGAAGCGCCGACAAUUGGUGAUGACACUGAAGUGGCAGUGGUGAUGGAGGAGGAGGAGGAGGAGGAGGUUGAGACCGAGACAGAGGAGGGAAAGAAGAGCUUUGUCGACAAAGAAAUGGAUCAGCCAGAUGACAAACCAAAGACAGUGCAGGAGGAGGAGGAGGAGGAGGAAGUGGAGGAAGAGAUUCCUGCGCUGUCACAGGAAGAAGAAAAGAAGCAGAAUCUUGUGAGUAUGUCACCAAUGGAUAUUGUAGAAAAGAAGCAGAAUCUUGUGAUGGAUUACAGGGCAAUGAAGCCGGAUCCAGCAGUGAUACCUCAGUUUGAUGCGGAAGAAGAAAUGUUUCAGAGCACCUGCAUCAAGCACAACCGAAUCCAAAGCAUCGAGAAUUUGGUUAUGUGGAGAGAUGUGUCGAGAUCAGCCUUCGUGUUCGGCAUCGGAACCUUCUUCCUCGUUUCGUCUUCCUAUGCCAAAGACAUCAACUUCAGCCUGAUUUCAGCAAGUUCAUAUGUUGGACUUGUCUAUCUUGGAUUUGUUUUCCUCUGUACGUCCUUUAUGCACAGAGGAGAAACAAUGCGGUAUGGUGAUGGAGAUGAGAGGUGUGUGGUGGGAGAAGACGACGCAAUCUGGCUUCUAAAGAUGCUGCUUCCUUAUAUCAAUGAGCUACUUCUAAAGUUCAGAGGCCUCUUCUCUGGGGACCCAGCAACAACAUUGAAGUUGGCAGCCCUGCUAUUUGUGAUGGCAAGGUGUGGGAGCACCAUCACAGUGUGGAGUCUUGCAAAACUGAUAUUCUUUGGAGUCUUCACCAUCCCAAAAGUGUGCUCUUCCUAUUCCACUCAGCUGGCAAAGUUGGGCAAGUUUUGGCUGGAUAGGCUUAGAGAUGGAUGGGAGUCAUGCACCCACAAGAGAGCUGCCGCCGCUGCCAUCUUCGCCCUCAUCUGGAACAUUUCCUCAGCUGUUGCUCGCAUUUGGGCAUUCUUCAUGCUUGUGGUGGCUGUGAAGCUCUACCAACAAUGCACAGCAGAACACAGCUGGAAUAACCGGGAGGAGGAGGAGGUGGUAGAGGAAGAGGAGGGACAAGAAGAUUCCAUGGCAGGACAAAACCAGGAACUUGGAUUACACCGACAAAGAGGUGGGCCAACUAGAAAUGAGGUGGAGAGAGUGGCUGUAAAAGUAGAUCUAGGAGAAGAGGCCGGAAAAAGAUCCAAGUGAUGCUGGCAGUCUGACACAGAGGACAGCAGACAGAUCAGGAGAGGAAGGUGGGAGUCAUCUUAUAAUCUUAUCAACGCAUCUUCUGCACGGUGACGAUUUCUUGUAAUGUGGUGAAGGCAUCUCCAACCGACACAUGCUAUGCUUUCUUAAUCCCUCCCCACAGUGAAACACCAUGUGCUAUAUCUUAGCCUGAUCUAAUAAUAACACUGUAAUUCCUCUCUGCA